AUGGGGACGGCGUCCGGCGACGACGACCGGCACGUGAUGCACCAUGGCGGCGGCGUGAACCUGUCGGCGCGGCGACCCUUCUCGGAGGCGCUGCGGUCGGGCCUCGCCGAGACCUUCUUCCCCGACGACCCGUUCCGCGGGUUCGGCGCGCUGCCGCCCAAGGCGCGGGCGUGGGGCGCGCUCAAGUACUUCGUGCCGGCGCUGGAGUGGGUGCCCCAGUACGGCUUCGACAAGUUCAAGUUCGACCUCCUCGCCGGCAUCACCAUCGCCAGCCUCGCCAUCCCGCAGGGCAUCAGCUACGCGCGCCUCGCCAACCUCCCGCCCAUCAUCGGCCUCUAUUCGAGCUUCGUGCCGCCGCUGCUGUACGCGGUGUUCGGGAGCUCCAACAACCUGGCGGUGGGCACGGUGGCGGCGGCGUCGCUGCUGCUGGCGUCCAUCAUCGAGGACGAGGUGUCGCCCGAGGACGACCCGGAGCUCUACCUGCACCUCUUCUACACCGCUGCCUUCUUCACCGGCAUCUUCCAGACCGCCCUAGGCGUCUUCAGAUUAGGGCUGAUAGUGGAUUUCCUGUCGCGGUCGACGAUCACGGGGUUCAUGGGCGGCACGGCCAUGAUCAUCAUAAUGCAGCAGCUCAAGGGGCUUCUGGGGAUGAAGCACUUCACCUCCAAGACCGACAUCAUCUCCGUCGUAGGCUCCAUCUUCAAAUACAGACACGAGUGGAGAUGGCAGAGUGCAAUUCUCGGCGUAUGCUUCAUCUUGUUCUUGUUCUCCAGUAAGCAUCUGAAAAAGAAAAUGCCACAUCUAUUCUGGGUGUCGGCCAUUGCGCCGUUCAUGGUUGUCGUCAUCGGAGGCGUCUUUGAUUUCCUUGUCCACGGAGAUGAGCACGGCAUCCCAAUCGUUGGUGACCUCAAGAAAGGGGUCAAUCCCAUCUCCAUUUCGCAGUUGAGGUUCAACGGCAAGCACGUAGGGGUAGUUGUGAAAGCAGGGCUCUUGUCUGGGAUCCUAGCGCUCGCGGAAGGAAUAGCCGUGGGACGAAGCUUGGCCAUGAUCAAGAACGAGCAGAUCGACGGUAACAAGGAGAUGAUCGCGUUCGGCAUGAUGAACAUCGUCGGUUCUUUCACCUCCUGUUACCUCACCACAGGGCCCUUCUCCAAGUCGGCGGUGAACUUCGACGCCGGGUGCAAGACGCCCAUGUCCAACGUGGUGAUGUCGGUGUGCAUAUUGCUGGUGCUGCUCUUUCUGGCCCCUCUGUUCAAGUACACCCCGCUGGUGGCCCUCUCUUCCAUCAUCGUGGUCGCCAUGAUCGGGCUGAUCAAGGUCAAGGAGUUCAUCCGCCUCUACAGGGUCGACAAGUUCGACUUCUGCAUCUGCAUGGUCGCUUUCGUGGGCGUCGUCUUCUUCACCAUGGUCAUAGGCCUCAGCGCAUCAGUCGGCUUGUCUGUGCUCAGGGCACUGCUGUACGUGGCUAGGCCGGCAACCGUCAAGCUCGGAAACAUCACGGGGACCGAGGUCUUCCGCGACGUAAAGCAGUACCCGCAUGCCAAGAGCGUCCCCAACAUUCUCGUCUUGCAGCUGGGCUCUCCCAUAUAUUUCGUCAACGCGGGCUACUUGCGAGAGAGGAUUUUGAGAUGGGUUGAAGACGAGGAGCACAUUUGCAAGGGGCACGGGCAAGACUUGCAAUGCCUGGUUCUUGAUCUGGGUGGCGUGACCUCAAUCGACAACACGGGGAUCGGGAUGCUAGGAGAAGUUCACAAGGGCCUGGACCGGAAGGGGAUCAUGAUAGCUCUGGCGAAUCCCAGGCUGCAGGUGACGGAGAAGCUGGUGGUGUCGGGGUACAUCAAGGACACCAUCGGGGAGGAGAGCGUGUUCCUGACCAUCACGGACGCCAUCGCGUCGUGCCGGUACGGGCUGCGGAGGUUCAGAGGCAAGGGGGGAUGCAGCGAGGUAUAG